ACUCAACAGUCACCUGUCUACUCGCCAAGAUCAAGGACCGGAACAUCUGACAAGAUGAUCGUGGAAGUAGUCCUCUCGUUGAGUCUCAUUUUCAUUGCUCUAUACUAUUAUCUUACAAAGAAAUAUGACUAUUGGGAAAAGAAGGGUGUUGAAUAUAUAAAGCCCGUUUUUCCGUUUGGCACUAUGUGGGAUCAAAUGAAGGGGAAAACAGACGCUGGGACACUACUAACAAAGAACUAUACGGAAAACAAGAAGAAGGGACUGAAAUAUGUCGGUUUACAUACGCUUCGACAACCGACACUUUUAAUCUUAGAUCUUGACUUAGUAAAACACAUUCUCACAAAAGAUUUUCAUAAUUUUGUUGCGAGAAACUUUACUCCAACAACUCAUGAAUACAUCUCUAAGCAUUUGUUCUCAUUAGAAGGGCAGGAGUGGAAAGAUAUGAGAACCAAACUAACACCAACAUUUACAUCUGGGAAAAUGAAAAAUAUGUUUAUUCUAAUGGAAAAAUGUACACAACAACUUCAAGAUCAUAUUGAAAAUGUCAUUUUAAAGAAAGGAGAAUUUGAAGUCAAAGAUCUCAUCGCAAGAUUGACAACAGAUAUAAUUGCUACGUGUGCUUUUGGAUUGGAAGUAAACUCUAUUCAUGAUCAUGACAAUGACUUUUUCAAGGUUGGGCAAAAGAUUUUUCUUCCAAAUAGAAUGAACUUGUUUAAGUUCCUCAUGCAUUCAAAUUUUCCAAGAAUUUCAAGAUUAUUAAAAAUAGAUUUUUUUGACCCUCAAAUAUCCGUUCUCCUUAUGACAGUUAUGAAAGACACUAUCGAAUAUCGUAAAAAAAAUAACAUCAUAAGGAAUGAUUUUGUAGAUUUGUUAAUAAGGGUGAAAGAAAAUAAAUCUUUGGAAGACCAUGACGAAGAAUCCAAAAAUGAAAUGAAAGAUGCUUCCAAGUUUUUAAAUAUUUUGAAAAAUAGCUUACAAGAUAUAAAACACCAAGAGAAGGACCAUCUUACACUAGAAGAAAUGACUGCCCAGGCAUUUGUUUUCUUCGCAGCAGGGUUUGAAACAGCUGCGUCCACAACUAGUUUCUGUCUUUACGAGUUGGCCAAAGCUCCUGAAGUUCAAGAGAAACUCCGAAGAGAGAUUGAUGAAGUUUUGGCCAACCACGAUGGCAAAAUAACAUAUCAAUCUAUACAAGACAUGCAUUAUAUGGAUAUGGUAAUGAAUGAGACACUGCGCCUGUAUGCGUCUCUACCCUUUCUGACCAGAGUGUGCACGGAGCGUUAUCAACUUCCUGGCACAGAUCUAGUCAUCGACGAGGGAGUCCGCAUCACUAUUCCCUCCUACUGCUUCCACCACGAUCCUGAUAUCUUCCCCGAUCCCUACAAGUUUGACCCGGAGCGCUUUACUGACGAGAACUGUCAUAGCAGACACCAUUACGCCUUUCUACCCUUCGGCGAAGGACCGAGGAUUUGUAUCGGUAUGAGGUUUGGCAAGCUGCAAGUGAAGGUAGCUCUAGCUUCUAUACUCUCCCUCUACGAACUGUCACCAACCCCUGAUACACCCGACAAGCUGGAGAUCCAUCCACACAUCGUCUUCACCACACCCAGACAUCCCUUCAGUCUCCGAAUCACAAAGAGAACUGAUUUAUGAGGAAAUGUUUCUUAACAUUGACGUAAUAGUUAUAUAGACUCAAGUUCAAAACUAGUUUUAGAGUUCAAAAGUAGAAUCUCAAAAUUAAAAAAAGAAUUCAUCCUGCAUAUCACACAGUGUUGAUUUUACAACUGGAGUAGCUUUCAAUUCAACAAUAGACAAUUUUAUUACCAAUCUAGAUGAAUCUCAAACAUAUAUAUCAGGCAUAAUACCAUUUAUGUCAAUAGUUCAUAAUGUUUGAGGAAUAAACAUUCGUUUAGACCAUAAGUAAAAAUAUAAUUUUAGCUAUAUUUUAUAGCAGAUUUUUCAAAGAGGAAUAUUAAUAUUUGAAACACAUUAUUGCAUAUUAAAAACUGGUUUUCUUUGUAUAUAGCUAAUGUAGAAGAUAAGUUAUAUAAAUCUUAACAUUAUAUAACGUAUUUAAAUAUUAAUUUAAUUUAUUUUUCAUAAAAAUAGAGCUAAACAAUUUACAAACAACAAAAAUUACUCUAUAUGUACAAAGUUGACAAAUUAAAAAAUGAAAUAGCGGAAUUGACAAAACUAGCCAGAUGUAGAGGUGUUGAAGAGCUCCUGUUAUUUAUAAGCAGAGGGACAAAUAGGCUACUAUAGCUCGGCCACUUAGAAAACGACCUCCUCCAGCAUUGGUUUAGCAUUAGCGCGCAGGUCGUUUUCUAAGCGGCCGAGCUAUAUCAAGUUAUUAUAAGUUAAUACGAGGGAAGAAAAACUGUUACGAUAAAAAAAAACAUUGCAAAGAAAACUUGGUAAAUAAUUAAUAAGAAACAGGAAUAGAUGCUAGAAAGUAUAAUAGUUCCAACACUAUGUUUAAUAAACGGCAUCAGCAAUCUGAUACAUACUUUAUCCCAUUAGCUCGUCAACAACAUUUAUCAUAGGUAAGCGAUGAGAGUAACUUAAUAAUAAAUAAAAAAAAAAUAAUAAAAAUGCCUUUGUUUAUCAAACGUUCUUCAGUUACAUACUGCUUUACAGGAUAAUAGGUUAAAUAGAAAAAAGUUGCAAUUACUUUUGGACCAUAAUAUUUACAGGAAUGGGUGGGUUGCACUAUUUUGUUUGGAAUUUUAACGACCAUAACAGACGAAUUUCAAUCAAAACCCGGAGUUCCCCCCCAAAAAUUUUUUUAAUUUUGUCAUGGGUUUUAUGGGAAAAUAACAUAAGUUAAGUUUACAAUGACUUUUGAACUGUAACUUUUACAAUUCUAAUUAUUGUACAAUUAUCUUAAUAAAUUACAAUUCAUCAAAAUAGUACUGCAAUGUCAAAUUUUCUGUUAUUUAUUAUUUACACGAACAUUAUUUUACAUGCCCCCUCAGUAACUUCGCUAGCUUACUGCCAAUUUAGCCCAGUCAAAUGGUGUUUGAAGUGGAAAGUUCUGGUGUAAUUGUUUUUUAUAGCUUAUUUUAUGUUUUUGGGGUUGCUGAACACAAAUCUGAUGUUGCACUAUGUUGUUCAGAAUUAUAAGGACCAUCACAUACUAAUUUCAAUCAAAACCGGGUUUUUUUCGAAAAUACAAUUUUAUCUUAUUUUAUGGGUUUUUAAUGGGAAAAUUACAUAAGUUACAAUAACUAUAAAACCGUAAUUUUUACAGGAAUUGGAGUUCUACUAUUUUGUUCAGAAUUUAAAGAAAUACCACAUAAUACAUUUUUAUCAAAAUCUGUAUUUCCAUAUCUCUUCUAUAUCUCAGCCAUUUCCGAGAAAGUUUUUCCAUUAUUUUAUGAGUGUUUAUGGAAAAAUAACAACAACAAAAUUGAUUAGUACCUACAUAACAAAUUUCAUCAAAAUCAAACCAUAGGUGUAGUCUGUAGCUCUGCGCACAUACAGACACACGUACACACAUACACACACAGAUAUCACUUCAAAACCCACUUUUUUGGUCCCUCUGGACUCAAAACGGGUAUAUCCACUUAUAACUCAAACUGGAAAAUGUUUGACGAAAACAAUACUUUCUCCAUAUACUAUGUACAGGGGGGGGGGAGUAAAAAUUAGAACAAUGUUAUAAAUGAUUCCUUAAGAUAUUAAAAUACUUGAUAAUUUUACUGGAGCCAUUGCACAUUGCUUCUAAACCCAUUAUAUUUACACUUAGCAACAAGAAAAAAAACAUGCCCAUAAACUCAAUAACAAAUCAUUUCGAUGUAAUCCAAUAACUGAAAAUGAAAUAAGUAAAAUGAAAAAAAAGAACGAUCUUUACGGUCAUUAUUAGGUUCUCCUAAAAUUAACUAAACAAUUAAGAAACUAACAAUAAAACUAUACAUAAUCCAUAAUCAAUUAUUUGGGUAAAAUGAGGUGGUUCAAAGCUACAUUGAGUAUUUCCGUGGUAUUUCCUUAAACGUAGCAUUAUUUAUUUAGCGUAUAUUGUCUUUAAUUUAGAUUGAUAUUUUGGUGUCGUUUUUAAAAAGUCCACUCUGGAGUUGUAGGCCUAUGUUUUUUCUUAAAAUGACCUAAAAGUACUAUAUGUGAAGGGAAUUUGCCCCAGUGGUUCUCAAUGCUACGGUUUUAGUCUUAUGAAAUGGUAAUAUAAAUCAGUUGUGCUCUUUUGUUAGUUAUCCUAAUUGAAUGUAUUUUUUCAACAUAUUUUGUUUUAUUGUCAUCUCUUAGAAUUAUUUGUAAUAAAAAACACAUCAAUCGACAUUGUUGGUAAUAAAUGUUUGUGGAUUUGA